UCUGGCCGGGGGAGCUAGUCAAACAGGAAGAGCAGAUUGAAAAUAGCUGCGGGAGGGGCUCUGCGCGGAAAGAGAGCACAGGGCAGGCGCUGGGAGUGCCAGGAGCUGGCCUGCCCCUGGGCUCCCCGGGAUGCAAACAGACUCCGUAACCCACAUUCUCUCUGAAGCAACAAUGGCCUGAUCCAGGAGCUGCCAAGAUGUGUCGACUGGACACCCUCGAUCCCAGCGGCUACCAAAAGCUCCUGAUGAAGACAGGGCUCAUCCUGAUUGUGAUCGGCCACCUCAGUUUCAUCUCCGGCGCCCUCGUCCACGGGACUGUGUUGCGCUACGUGGCCAACCCGCAGGACGUGAUUUCCCUGCAGUACGCCAUCUCCAACAUCGUCUCGGUGACCUCGGCGCUCCUGACCAUCUCCUGCGGCAUCGCGGCCAUUGUGCUGUCCCGAUACCUUUCCCAAACUGCCCUGAAGUGGGCCGUCUUCUCCCUCAGCAUCAGCAGCACCCUGGUCGCCCUCUUCUGCUCCCUGGGGCUGGCCGUCUCCAUUAUCUUCACCUUUGCCAACAAAGGGAACGCCCUGCUGGCCGCCUGCACCUUCGCCAACAUGGAGCUGAUACAGAUCUCCCACGAGUGCCCCUUCGACCCCACCCGCAUCUACAGCUCCACCCUGUCCCUCUGGACCAUGUCGCUGGUACUCGACGCGGUGGAGAUCGUCUUCAGCAUCAGGUGCUUCCUGCUCACCCUCGCGCUCCUCAACCUGAGGCUGUGUCGGGCGACCCGCAAGAAAAAGGUCAUGUUGCAGCUUGCCCCAGCCGAGGGCCAAGAUGCCAGGGAGGGCCAUGUCCUCCUGAGGCAGGGAAGACUGGAGUCCGUGUGGCUCUGAACAGGACUGAGCAGCCCCCUGCCACCAGGGUGACAAGCCUCCAGCUCCACACCUCAGCCUCACGGAGAGGCCCCCGCCCAGGCUCUGUGGUCCUAGCAAGCUCCGUGGUUUGCCUGCCUUCCCCCCACUGCCCUCCCGUCGGCGGCACUGGCCACGUGCCUCCUCUUCCCCCUCCCCAGUAUCCCAGACCCACUGCUGUAAUGAGAGGAGGGGAUUUUCCACCCUGCUUUACGCCUGUCCUACCUGCUGCCUUACUCCUGGCCCUCUCCUGCUCGCCCAGCUGUGGGGAGCGAGCGAGGAAGGCACUGGACAUUGCUGGCUGUGAACUGGCGAAAUCUCGCACUCAACAUGCCUUGGUCUGACAUCAUCCCCCAUGCAGCUGCACAGAGACAAAAACUUUAUUUGGAAGAUAUUAAAAGAACAAAAGCAACCCCCCUGCCCCCACCCCAUGCACUCCUGGCGGUUCUGGAAGGGACGAGCGAGUGUCUGCUCCAAAGGGCGCAGGAGCAUGCCGGCCACGCUGAUCUCCACACCGAUCUCCACACCUGGGCUGAGAGCAUUAAGGGGGGUGGAAGGGGUGCUGUGCCUGUGCUGACAGAGGGCUUCUGCCUCUGUGUGGAGUGGGGGGGCCCUACCGAGCCCCCUCCCCUUCCCCGGGGAAUCUGUGCAGCCAGAACAAAAAUACUGACGAACAAAAUCAUGUGACCGACACCUGUGGCCUUUGAUGUGAGGGCUGGGCUUCUGUGGGUUGCCUCACACCUGUGCUAAGCUGAGGAGGCUACACUCAGCUGCGAGGUGGGGGGCAGACCCACAGCUGGGGCUGCUGCCAUUGUGUCUCUCUGCCCCACGGGGACUCCCUCAGCCCCUGCCUUGCAGCUGGUGCAGGCUGCAGCGAUGGGUGCAUCCUCAGGACAUUGUCAGGUUGGCUUCCUGUGUGAUCUGUGGGGCGGGGAGAGGGCAGGAAGUCCAACUUCUGGCUCAGCGAGCAACCCUGCCAUGGCCAAAUUCUGCUCCUCCUCCCCCACGGCCUUUAUCCCCCUCCCCAGCUGGGUUGGGAACUGAUGGGGCUUAACUCCCCUUCCCAUACCAGCUGUGAGGACCAGUCCCCACUGCUGGCUCAUUGCCCCUCCCACUGGGCCUGGUGUGGCCCAAUGAGCAGCUGUGGGGGUGUGGCUAGAACCCCUCCCAUUGCUGAAUGAUCUUGCCCACUCCAGUGUCUCC